ACCGCUGCAUGCCAAGUAUAAAUGAGGUCGUACUGUUUGAAGGUCAAAACAUUUGAUCUUCCCAUUCAAUGAAAUGGCUUCGGUGUUGAAAAACGUAGCUAGGAUAUGCACGAGGACAGUUAGCGAGCAGUUAAAACCAGGAAUCGUUUCAGCUUCAAGAUGUUUUCAUCUGUAUUCCCCAGAACCUUUUCAUCCGAUUCCAGAUAAAACUCCCAAAUGGAUGUCGGCGGAAGAAGCCGUAGCAGUUGUAAGAUCGGGUAUGAAGGUAUUUGUCCAUGGAGGGGCCGCUACGCCCAUCCCCCUGGUGGAUGCUCUGGCUCAGCAUGGUAAAGAUGCUGACUUAACUGGUAUAGAAGUCAUGCAUAUACACACAGAGGGACCAGCUACUUAUGUGAAACCAGAAUAUGAAGGUAUAUUCAGAUGCAACUCAUUUUUCAUUGGUGCCAACUGUCGAGAGGCAAUCAAUUCUGGACGAGCAGACUUUGUCCCCAUUUUCCUGAGUGAGAUUCCUCUGCUAUUCCGCCGCAAUUUAAUCACACCAGAUGUCGCCCUGAUCUCUGUCAGCUCACCUGAUCAGCACGGUUUCUGUACGCUGGGUCCCAGUGUGGAUUGUUCAAGAGCUGCCAUUCAGAAUGCCAGGUAUAUUGUAGGUCUAGUGAACCCCAACAUGCCACGCACAUUCGGUGAUGGGAUGGUCCAUCUGUCCCACUUUGAUGCUGUCGUCCAAGGAGAUCUUCCUCUGCCGCAGAUGAAACAUGGUGUCCCUACUGAAGUAGAAAAACAAAUUGGUCGCAUCAUCGCUACCAACUUGAUCCAAGAUGGGGCCACUCUGCAAAUGGGUAUUGGUUCGAUCCCUGACGCGGUCCUGGCGGCACUGUGGAGUCACCGAGAUCUUGGAAUCCACACGGAGAUGUUCAGCGAUGGUGUCGUAGAUCUCGUAGAAGCUGGCGCCAUCACAAAUGCCAGGAAGACAAUCCAUCCUGGAAAAAUUGUCGGAGGUUUUGCAGUUGGUACACAGCGCCUGUAUGACUUCAUGGAUAAUAAUCCUUUUAUAGUGAUGUUGGACAUUGCAUUUGUAAACAACACCGCAAUAAUUAGCCAGAAUCCCAAAGUGACGGCAAUCAACUCGUGUAUUGAGAUUGACUUGACAGGACAGGUGUGUGCAGACUCCAUCGGAACUAGAAUGUAUUCAGGUGUGGGUGGCCAGAUAGACUUUUUGCGUGGAGCAGCUUUGAGUGUGGAUGGUCUUGGGAAACCCAUCCUAGCACUGCCAUCUGUGACCAAGAAUGGGGAGAGUAAAAUUGUACCCUAUCUGAAGAAAGGUGCUGGUGUUGUGACAAGCAGAGCUCAUGCACAUUUCAUUGUGACAGAAUACGGCAUUGCAUCUUUGUUUGGCAAGAAUCUCAGACAGAGAGCUUACGAAUUAAUCAAAAUUGCUCACCCUGAUCAUAGAGAAAAUUUGGAGAAAGAAUCAUUUGAAAGGCUAAAAUGCAUGCCAUCACCUUAGAGAGUAUUUAUUUGCAGUAGGCAUAUGCCAUGUAUUUAAUAGCAAAAUUACGCCUCUUUUUAAAACUAUUCACUUUAAAAAGUGGAAAACAAAAUAGUUGUGUAAGAAUUAACUUUUUUCUGCAUUUCCAAUAUUUGAAAAGGUAAGGUUGAAAAGGGAUCUCAAAGAUCAAGACUUCUUUGCAUGUUUUUCUCUCUUUUUAAUACAAAAAUAUCCUGCUGUUGUAACACAUACACGACAACAAUGGGGAAAAAGUAGUAUAAUUUUAUGAAAGUCCCAUUUCCUUUUGAUCGAAUCAAAAAAUAACUCUAAUUACUAGUAAAGGUGUAUGCAUAUAUGUCAUUGUUUUCACUUAUUGUUAUAGAUAAGUUACCCCCCAUUUCCAUAGAUUAGAUCGACCUACUUUAGAUCGACCUAACUCCCUGGGGGUUCACGCUAAAUAGCUGUCA